CCUGUGCCUUCGCUGGUCUCUGGAACUGUGUCACCAUCAACCCCCUGAACAUCGCGGCUGGCGUGUGGAUGAUGCUCAACGCCUUCGUCCUCUUCCUGUGCGAGGCCCCCUUCUGCUGCCAGUUCAUCGAGUUUGCAAACGCCGUCUCUGCGAGGGCGGACAAGCUGCGGCCCUGGCAGAAAGCUGCUUUCUACUGCGGGAUGGCUGUGUUCCCCGUCAUGCUCAGCCUGACGCUGACCACGCUCUUCGGAAAUGCCAUCGCGUUUGCCACCGGGGUGCUUUAUGGCCUGUCGGCGCUCGGCAAAAAGGGAGAUGCCAUUUCCUAUGCCCGUAUCCACCAGCAGCAGAAGCAAAUGGAUGAAGAGAAGCUGACGGGCGCCCUGGAGGGACAGGCUCUCUGA